AUGUAUGGCACUGAGCACUAUGAAGAUUUAGAAGCUGAAAAAACGAAAAAAUCAGUAAAGAUCUUUGAAAGAGAUUCUCUUUAUAAGAGUUUAGAAGCACAUAUUAACAUAGUUUAUUUUACUUAAUACUCCAUUGCAUUAGGCUUUGUAUUUUUGAUUUGGGUAUUUGAUGAAGUAAGAAAGUAUAUGAUGGAACAUCCAGCUUUUCUUAUUAUUAGCUGUGCAUCAUGCAUUCUCUGCAUAGUUGCUGUUAGAUUUUUCUUUAUUACAAUAAGAGACUUCCCCUUAAGUUUACUGAGUCUGAUCCUCUUUUCUCUAUCAAAAAUUUACUUACUUGGAUUCAUCUUUUGUAUUUGCUAUUAUCAUCUAUAUGUUUACUCAUUAGCUCUUCUCUGUGGAGACUUUUUUUUAAUCUCCAUAAUUACCUUAAGUAAAUUCAGUAACAUGUACUUGAUAAUUGGAGUAAUACUUCUUUUAAAAGUGGCGCUAUCCUUUAUUUUAACUAUAUUUUUCUCAAUACUUGAAAGUUUCUUAAUUUGCCUAAUUACAGGUCUUAUAUCUAUUGUUUAUUAGUUUACUAUAUACGCCAUUAACAGAAAAUAAAAAUUUGGAUAAAAAGACUUUCUAGUUUCAUCGUUCUACCUAUAUGCUUUUUGGCUGAUCCCUAUUGCUCCUGAUGAUUGA